AUGUUGGAUGGGAGGGAAUUACGAGAUAACAUUUCGAUUGCAUUUCACAAGUCCGAAUAUGCAACCCCCUACGGAGACAACACCAUUCCCGGCAACCACCCCGGUUACAGACACAAGCGACUCGGCCGUCAAUACGCACCGGACCCCGUUAAUAGGGAUUCACUGCGAGUAGACUUUUACGCUCCCGGAAAUGGUGUACGCCUUGUCAACGCUCUUGCACCAUCUGAUUUUAACAGUAUGCAAAAUUUACUGCUGGCACGUGAUGCGCGCAACAAUAAUUAUGUGCUAGACUCUGUGCGAGGCGGCAGGCGCCAUUUUUGUGAGACCCGGGGAGCUGAAGAGCGACACUUGCGUAUGCGCCGCGCACUGAACUCACCCACAUCAGGGCGAGCUGAACUCGUCCCCAGUUGUCGUGCCCCCGGGAUGUACAAUUACGAAAGGGGCGGUCCGUUAGUGCAAGCUAUGCUGCAGAAUCGCGAGCGGCAGAAAAUGCUGCAGGAGGCGGGGAAGGCAAUGGUAGCAGGACCACCCAAUCAUAACCCCUUGUACUUGGGGUUCAUGUUCAGUCUGCCCAGCAUCCAAGCGACCAACUCCCAGGUGGAACCAUUAGCAGUCGAAACUACAGAUCAAGUGGGGCCCACAGACACGUGUGACUCGGCCACAGCCGUUGCCAAAGCAGAAGAAACGACAAAACUCCCGUCACCGACGCCGGGGCUUCCCCUGGAGCACUCGCCACCCGCUUAUCUCACGGGCAUUGCUCCACAGCGACAACGACAGGCAUACAUGAGCACGCGCCGCGGUUGGUCCCCGAUGCAGUUAAUCACGAAUGACAGCAAACCGUAUAGGAAGAAACGGAAGGUAAUGGAAUCUGAGGCGAGUCGACUGGAGGAUAUCCGUCUUGUGGAACUGCUUCCAAAGAUUAAGACAGAGGCCAAGAAAUGA